GCAGAGGUGAGAGCAACAAAUGUCUUUAGCUAUGUUUUCUAAAGAAGGCUGGCUCCACUCUGUGAAGUUGUGUUUCAUUCCAUUCUCCGGCCAUCUUUUCAGUUCUUCUUAUUUUGCUCUCUCUAUUUAGAUUUCUGUAGGUUUUGAGAAUGCAGAGAUUUUUGUUGUAGGUUCAAUAAUUGGGCAAUCAAGUUUUAGCAUGGAGUAUUCAAAUGCAUUCAGUUUUCUCAUCAUUGCUCUAAGCUACAAUGAGACGAUUAUAGGAAAGAUUUGGUUAGCAGUUGUGAUCUUCCUGAGAUUUAUGGUGAUAUUUUUAGCAGCCUAUCCUCUCUAUCAAGAUGAGCAAGAACGCUUCAUCUGCAAUACACUGCAACCAGGGUGCUCCAAUGUAUGUUAUGAUCUCUUUGCUCCAGUAUCGCACUUUCGGUUCUGGUUGAUUCAGAGUGUGUCCGUCCUCCUUCCUUAUGUUAUUUUUGGUGUCUAUAUAUUACACGGUGUCGUCAGACACAUUGUAAAGGCUGCUUCCUCCCCUUAUUCUCAGUACAAAGAAAUUAAGACUUUCUCUGGCUGCAAAAUUUCAAAGAACUUCAAAAGUUUAGCAAAAAAGAGAAAAAUUGGCAGGAGAAAUGAAAUGGCUGCCCUGGAUUUUUCCAGGGCUUAUAUAAUUCAUCUUAUUGUGAGAAUAUUGCUAGAGGCUGGCUUUGGAACUGGUCAUUACUAUCUCUUUGGAUUUUUUGUUCCGAAGCGUUUUUCCUGUGACCGCUUUCCUUGCACGAGUUUUGUUGAUUGCUACAUUUCCAGACCAACUGAAAAAACCAUCAUGAUGCUUUUCAUUUGGGGAAUUGGUGGCUUCUCCUUUCUUCUUAGUCUUGUUGACCUAAUCUUUGCUUUGCGGACCAAUGGGGUAAGAAAUCGUAGAAAUAAGCUUCUGUUGCAAAAGUUCAACGCAGAAGAGGAAAAUAGCCCUGACCUGCAGCAGGAUAUAAAUCCAGGCAACAUUCAACAUGGAAGCAUGGCCACCCCUGACGGUGGUGUGAAAUGCUUGCUUGCUACAGAAGACUGUCCUUUUCCAUCUACAAUGACCCUUCAGCAGACAAUUGGCUCUCAUCUCAACAGUAACCAUAAUAAGCUAUGUAAUGAAUCUUCCAAUCAAGAUCUGCUCUUCAAUGAAGCUAAACAGCGGGAGAAUCCAUCUGAGCAAUCAAGACAUGAGCACCAGUCCUACUUUGUCAAAGAACCUUUGGCUUUUAAAUCCCAAGAGUUCAAAUCCCAUCAUAGUUCUCAUUCAUUUGCAAGUUAUGACAAGCCCUCAGUUCAUUAUUCUACUCUGGAGAGAAAGACCUCUGAUACUCAAUCUAUCUGUGAUAGUUCUGAGUACUCAAAAUCCAAAAAAUCUGAAUGGGUAUAGAAAACCAGGAACCAAUAUAGUAAUUGGGGGGGAAAAAUCUCAUGGACCAUAAAAUUAAAAGUGUCAUCAUUACGCCACCAUUCCAAUUAACUGGAAUUCAUUAGUUGAAAGAAGAGCUUUAAAAGAGUAUACUUCAAUAUUAAAUGAGGUUUUGGAAUGGGAUAAAACAGCUACUCCAGAAACUUGUAAAGAUUAUUUGUGACACUAGGUUCACUAUUUCUGUUGUUUGGUAUCUAUUUAUCAAAUGCUAUAGAAUUUAAGGGACACGAUGGCUCAGUAGCUAAGAUGUUGAUCUUGUGGAUCGAAAAGUCGGCAAUUCAUUGGUUUGAAUCCCUAGUGCCACAUAAUGGGAUGAGCUCCUGUUACUUGUCCCAGCUUCUGCCAAUCUAGCAGUUCGAAAGCACAUAAAAAAUGCAAAUAGAAAAAUAGGGACCACGUCUGAUGGGAAGGUAACUGCGUUCCGUGCGCCUUUAGCAUCUAGUCAUAACCAUGGAGACGUCUUCGGCCAAUGCUGGCUUUUUGGCUUUGAAACGGAGAUGAGCACCGCUUCCUAGAGUCGGGAAUGACUAGCACAUAUAUGCAAGGGGAACCUUUACCUUUAGUUUUAUGGAAUUUAAGUGGUACAUUUGCUCCUUCCUGGAUGAAAUAUUGCUUAAAUUCAUUGUUUUAAAGGAGAAAAUGGAAAAUAAUAGGGAAAAAAUUAAAAGGUAAAAUAUUUGUGUUCACUUUUGUAUCAUGGUAUGGUCCAUUGCAUUGCAAGGGAUGCUAUAGCUCAGUGGUUAACACACUGAGCUUGUCGAUCGAAAGGUUGGCAGUUCAGUGGUUCGAAUCCCUAGUGCCGCAUAAUGGGGUGAGCUCCCGUUACUUGUCCCAGCUUCUGCCAACCUAACAGUUCAAAAGCACAUAAAAAAUGCAAGUAGAAAAAUAGGAACCACCUUUGGUGGGAAGG